UUUCCUCGUUCUUAACACUUCUAACCACAAUACCAACCACAUCAGCCUGUAUCGACGCCUAUAUUUCCAAAAUAGAGGAUCCCAAAAGCUUAAUCAAGUGCACUACAUAUCCGACGUCCGUCUUCAACAUGUCAACUCUCAACUUACGCCCCGUUUCCUCCUCCGCCUCCCUCAUUUCAAAACCUAUACCGAGCCCAUCGCUCCUUAAACCAUGGGACUUCUCCUACAAUUCAUCUCCAGAUAGGAAGGACAGAAAUUUACUAAUAAUGUUCCAUGGCCUUGGGGAUAACAAAGCGUCAUUUUUCAAUCUGGCCAAGCAGCUCAAUCUUCCUUCAACAGCAGUUCUCUCCUUAACAGCCCUUGAUCCCAUCCCUCUCAUGGACCAUCCCUCUUUCUCAUGGUAUCAAGCAUUUGACCCCUAUUUCAAUCCCCUCCCGAUCUCUUCACAAAAUCCAACUGCCCCGUUGUCCAAACUCCGCAAAUUACUGGAGACUUUAAUAUCGCCCCAUCUCGGUUGGAGGCUGGAAGACAUCCAUCUCUUCGGCUGGGGUCAGGGUGGUACUGUAGCCCUUGAAUUAGGGAUUGAUAUCGGCAAGACACCUCUGAAAACCAACGACGAAAAGGACAACGGUAAAAGAUUAGGGAGCAUCAUAUCUAUCUGCGCACCUCUCCUUACCCACCCGGCAUCCCCACUCAACGUUUCCACCCCGGUCCUAUACUUUACACGUCAAUCACCACAAUCUGCUGUACAACAAAAAACCGUUAGCGGGAUCAGACGUGGGUAUAGGGAAGUUGAAGUAGUGCAGGGUGGAGGGGUAGGCGGCCGGAAGGGAGAAGACAUGCCGAGGGGAAAGGAAGAAUGGUAUGGGCUGAUGAAGUUUUGGGGACAAGUAUUGGGCAAGGCAGAUGAGGGAUGGAAGGGGGAAGGAGAAGUUUACGAGGUGAUACAAUGAUUGCUGCAUCAAUAUAUGUACAUUCGAUGUCACCAACUUUAGGUCUCGACUGAGCACGAAGGAUCUCACCCACCAAUCUUACGGGCAGUAUA